AUUCGAUGCGUCUAAGACUUUUAAUUUGAAAACAAGAUUGUGGUGCUCUGGAUGUAGUAUGCUUUGCAGAUUGUGGUUGUUGUUUCUCAAUUGUAAGAAAGAAACAACCCGUCUCUUGAAGAAUAACAUUGAAAGUCUGAACUCAUGGCGUCUACACUGGAUUUCAAAACACAUGCUGACCAGUCAUGCAGGUAUGCGGAGGAAUUCGUCAACAUUUAUUAUGACUGCAUGGAUAAAAAAAGGAGGAAUCUAACCCGCCUUUACCUGGACAAAUCCACCCUGGUGUGGAAUGGGAACACAGUUUCGGGCCAGGAUGCAUUAAACGAGUUUUAUGAGACCCUUCCAUCAAGCGAGUUCCAGGUUUACACACUGGACUGUCAGCCCGUCCAUGAACAAGCUACCCAGGGCCAGACAACGAUAUUGGUGGUGAGCUGUGGAGUUGUUAAAUUCGAGGGGAACAAACAACGUUUUUUCAACCAGAACUUUCUGCUAACAGCGCAGGCUACACCGAACAGUGAGCAGCCUGUCUGGAAGAUUGCCAGUGACUGUUUCCGUUUCCAAGACUGGCAAAGCUAAACUUUUCCUGGAACAUUUUUAUUUUCUCCCUUCUCUUGGAUACCCCCAACCCCCACCGUAGGGCUCAACAUACCAACAUUUAUUAUGCCUUUUUAUUUUAAAUAAAAUAAGCCACAAAACCGUUUACAAAAUGACAUUUAUUUAACACGUUCUGAACAAAGCAUGGGCUCCUAAUGACGGCAUACAUUUAACAGCACAGCACAACCCAUUUGAAAAUGACUAUGAUUUAAUGUACCAAUUCGGUAGACAUUAAAUGUCUUUAUUGAAUCGUUUACCAUAAUGGCAGCAUUUCUGAGACCGAAAUAGUCUUCUAAUUGAGGUAUAAUAUGCAUAAAGCUGUAACGUUAUACCAGUUACCACUGUAGCUUAUGCCAAAAACAAGAAUCACAUGCGAAUGGUUAACCUCGGAGUGCUUAUACUUAAAUAAAUAAUUUUAAGAGAAGCUUGGUAAAACAGUUAAACGGAUGUACUUUAUUCAUAAAUAGCCCACUAUUGGCCAAGUUCAUAUAUUAAAACAUUAAUCUUCCUGAGUCCUGUUGAAUCCUAUACAUUUGGUUGGACAUUUCCAAUGCAUUAGGACAAAAACAAUGCUUAAAGCAACUUCAUGUUUGGCAAGGGAAACACAACUGGAAAGCAUGGAGAGGAGACAUGAGCCUACCUGACCAAUGCUGAAUUUACAAGUACUGACAGUAAGACGGUAUUUUCCUUAAUCCCUUGUUAACAUGACAUGUCUUUUGAGCCCGUCUUGUAGCAUGGGUACGAUUGCAACAUUACAUUUUUGGUAACUUAGUGCAACCUACUUCUUCAUGACUAUUCAUG